AUGGCAGACGUAUAUAAGGAAGCCUUCUGGGCCGCUUAUUCUUACACUCGCACCCAACUCGCUCGGACCAGAAUGCGUGUGCUCCUCGUUUCGGCGUUGGCUCUCUAUGGAGCGGCAUUGGCGAAGCCCUCUGCUGUCGACUCGUAUGUCGCAAAAGAGUCACCAAUUGCCAAGGCUGGGUUGUUGGCCAACAUUGGGCCAAAAGGCGCAAAGGCGGCAGGCGCGAAGGCCGGUGUCGUCAUCGCUAGUCCUAGCACGUCGGAUCCAAACUACCUGUACACAUGGGUCCGCGAUUCGUCGUUGGUCUUCAAGGUCAUCAUUGACCAGUUCACGAGCGGGAAAGACAAGAGCCUCCUGGGCCGCAUUCAAGACUUUGUCGCAGCGGAGAAGACACUUCAACAGGUGUCAAAUCCAAGUGGGACUGUCACCACAGGUGGUUUGGGUGAGCCUAAGUUCAACAUCGACCUGACCGCUUUCACGGAGCCUUGGGGCAGACCUCAACGGGAUGGUCCAGCACUUCGCUCAACAGCGAUGAUAGCAUAUGCCAAUUGGCUUCGCAAGACUUCCAGCACGGCGAAUGUCGUCAAGAACCUUUGGCCAGCCAUAAAGCUCGAUCUCGACUACGUGGUCGCAAACUGGAACUCGACUGGGUUCGACCUAUGGGAAGAGGUUUCUGCAUCUUCUUUCUUCACAACUGCUGUUCAACAUCGGUCUCUUCGCGAGGGUGCGGCCUUGGCAAAGGCACUGGGCCAGAACGCUUCAGCUUACAUCACGCAAGCGGACAACGCCCUCUGUUUCCUGCAGUCGUACUGGAAUCCGACUGGUGGUUACAUCACUGCCAACACUAGGGGUGGUCGCUCCGGAAAGGACGCAAACACGGCUUUGGCAUCAGUCCACACCUUUGAUCCUGCUGCUGGAUGUGACGCAGCAACUUUCCAGCCUUGCUCAGACAAAGCGCUGGCCAGCCUCAAAGUCUAUGUUGACUCAUUCCGUGAUAUCUAUGCUAUCAACAAAGGCAUUGCCCCCAAUGCCGCCGUUGCGACUGGAAGAUACCCGGAAGAUGUCUACUUCGGAGGCAACCCAUGGUACCUAACAACUGCUGUCGUUGCCGAACAGCUCUACGAUGCCCUCAUCGUUUGGAAAGCUCAGGAGUCGCUUAAAGUUACAUCCAUCUCCCUGCCUUUCUUCCGUCAGUUCCUGUCUUCGGUUACCGUCGGCACAUACGGGUGCACAAGCUCGACAUACAAGAAGCUCACUGCCGCUAUCAAGACCUUUGCGGACGAUACGCUUGCUAUCCAUGCCAAAUACACACCUGCGAAUGGCGGCCUGGCCGAACAGUUUGACAGAGCCACUGGUGUUAGUCCAGCUCCAUUGUCUGCCGUUGAUCUCACGUGGUCGUAUGCAGCGGCUUUGACUGUGUUCGCAGCCCGCGACGGUGUCUCUCCAGCCAGCUGGGGCGCUAAAGGGCUCAAGGUUCCCAAGGUCUGCAAGCCGGGCCCGCCCGUGCCCACCGCUAACAUGACCUUCAACGUUCUUGCGACGACCGUACCUGGAGAGAGCAUCUACAUCACUGGCUCCAUCGACCCGUUGCAAAACUGGAGCCCCGACAAUGCCCUCCUCUUGUCGUCGGCCAACUACCCGACGUGGACCAUCACAUUGACUGUUCCCGCAUCGACCAACUUCGAGUACAAAUAUAUCCGCAAGACAAACGGUGUCCUCACCGCCUGGGAGUCGGAUCCAAACAACUCAGUUUCGUCACCCGCGAAUGGGACAUUAGUGGUCAACGAUACGUGGAGAUGA